GUUAUCCAUGAAUCCAUCCCACAUCCCCUUUGUUGUUGUUUGGCUAAGGAAGCCUAACCUUUCUCCCUCCAGAUUCCCCAAAAAUAUCUCAGUAAAUUGAGUGCAGAAGCUGGUUUUCAACAACUCUCCAAAUUCCUUCACUCACUCUCAAAACCCACCAAAAUCUUCCUUCUAUACGGAAUUAACAAGCUUAACCUAGCUGGAGAAUUAAGCAUUGAAAUAGGAGUAAGCUAUGGUUGCAGCAAUAUCAUCUUCUCUUUGUGCACCAAAUUUGAUAUGUGGGAGGAAAGGUCAACAGUUGCUUCACUCAAGAUUUUGUCAAGAUGCUGCUUUUACAAUGCUGAAUUCGCCUUUCUUAGGAAGAAGCAACAAAGUUAAUCAGAUUCGUGCUGGCAGGAAGGAGGGUUCUUUGUCUGCAAAGUCAAGUGAAUCCAAGGAACCAGUCCCUUCGUGGGCUAAGCCUGACUCGGAUGAGCCACCGCCUUGGGCUCGUGAUGAAGGCAAGUCGAAUGAAUCGAAGGAUGGACUUGAGGUCCCUUUCUUUGUUUAUUUGCUUGCCUCAGCUAUAACAGCUAUAGCUGCUAUUGGUUCAAUAUUCGAGUAUGUGAAUCAAAAUCCUGUUUUUGGGCUUUUGAACUCGGAUAGCAUUUUCUAUGCUCCUGUGCUGGGAUUUUUUGCGUUAACUGGAAUUCCAACUUCGGCUUUCCUUUGGUAUAAAUCUGUUCAAGUUGCCAACAAGGAAGCUGAAGAACAAGAUAAGAGAGAUGGUUUUUGAUAGGGCUUGAAAGGUUAGGGCUUUGGUUCUUGUUUUUAUAUACCAUUGCUAAAUCAAUUGUAGUCGUACCUUGAUAAAUUCCUCCAUGUAAUUAGCCUACCACGCUGCUUCCCUGAAAAUACAAAAAGAAGUAUCUAUGUAAAUGAAAUGAUUGCUCUGCUUA